AUGGAUAACUCGAGCGAGCCCGAUGAUGGCGACAAAUUUUGGGAAACAUGUUAUUUUUACACAGAUAAAUUACGAAUGAUCACUGGCUUCCCAUCCAACGUGUAUUACAUAAACUACAUUAGCGUAUUGAUUUGUAAUAUUCUCUUGACAGUAUUAACAAUAUUUUUGAAUUCAGUCACAAUUCUGGCUUACAUAAGAUCUACACAGCUUCAAAGCAAGAAGUCGUAUUUCUUAAUCAUGUUGUUAUCUGUUAAUGAUCUUUUGGUCGGGGUGUUUGGCAAUACAAGCUUCAUACUAGUUCUUGCUAUGGAGAUAAUCGGACAUCCAAAAUGUGAAAUCUCGAUUGCAUUUCAAUUUUUAGCGUUCUACACGGCUGCUAUGAGCAUUAUGACUCUUUUUGGACUAAACAUUGAACGCUAUUUAUCCAUCUUGUAUCCGUUUUAUCACCGUACGAAAGUCACCAAAUCAAGAUUACUGAAAAUGGUCGUAGGGUUUUGGUUCUUCAUUGUAACACUGCGCUUAUCCCAAUUGGCUUUUGGUAAAAUUAUUAAUACAACGAUUAGUAUCGUACUUGUUUUCGUCGCUUUCGUCACGCUGUAUAUUUACGUUAGAAUAUGCAUCGCAAUACGAAGGCGGCCGCGGGUAGCGGAAACGCGGGAAAGGGAGGGACGUGGUACGGAG